CAUUGGACAGGAUCCACUCACUUCCUGUCCCAGUGCCAUGGGUCAUUAAGACAAGAGCUUUCUCCAGUGGGGACACCUGUCAUUGAUUUGAACAGGCUGCCUACAUGCAACACCUGUGCAUCCCAUGCAGGUGAAGAUGGGCGCUCGCAUGGGUGUACAGUUCAGUACAGCCGUGCAGGGGGCGGACUGACAACUCAUGGGGACCCCAGGCAAUAGGGGUUCAUGGGGCCCCUGGGUCGUAGCCCACACCCAAAAAAGCCUAUGAAAAAGCCAAUGAAAGGUACCAGGGGCAUCUCAUGGAGCCCCCUACUGACCCCGGGCCCUCGGGCAGUGCCCAAGUGCUCGAAUGGUCAGUCCGCCCCUGCACCUGUGUGAAAGAGGUC